AUUUGGAUGGAACGCUGUGACCACACCUAUUUUGACUGAAGGUUGGUUGAUUUUUAACCCUGGGGCAGAGGCUAGGACUUUUAGAACUCAGACUCUACAUACUAACAGUCUGCAAGAGAGCCUCAAUGAGAAGGUCUCCAGGAGUCAUUAUGGAGUUAACGCAAGCUGAUAGGUGCCAUUUAGACAAGAGCAAACAGGACACAGGUUCUUUAGGAAACACUGAUGACAGCCUGAAAUUUGAUAGUGGGCGCGUAGCCCAUGACUUCAGCUGCAUCCACGGCAAAGAUUUGCUCCCUGCUGAGGAUGGGGAGGAAACAACCAAGCAUUUCCUCCAGGAGCUAGUAAACAUCUUGCUGGCCUACAUCAGUAAAUCUCUCAAAUGCAGCUCCAAAGUGCUGGAUUUCCACUAUCCUCACCAACUUAAGGAAGGCCUGGAGGGCUUCAGCCUGGAGCUCCCUGACCAACCAGAUAACCUGGAACAGCUGUUGGUGGACUGUAGAGACACACUUAAAUAUGGAGUUAAAACAGGUCAUCCAAGAUUUUUUAACCAGCUGUCAACUGGACUUGACAUCGUUGGUCUGGCAGGAGAAUGGUUGACAUCCACAGCAAAUACGAACAUGUUCACUUAUGAAAUAUCCCCGGUCUUUAUACUCAUGGAGGAGGUAGUUCUGAGAAAAAUGCAUUCAAUUAUUGGAUGGCCAGAGGAAGAUGGAGAUGGCAUUUUUUGUCCUGGAGGCACCAUGUCCAAUCUGUACAGUGUGUUGUUGGCUAGAUUUCAUCUCUUUCCAGCAGUGAAGACCCAAGGGAUGUCUGCGAUACCUCGCUUGGCUCUGUUCACCUCCUCGCACAGUCAUUAUUCAAUCAAGAAGUCUGCAGCGGUUCUCGGCAUCGGCUCUGAAAACGUUAUAGUCGUCAGAUGUGAUGAAAGGGGGAAAAUGAUCUCAUCGGAACUGAACUGCAUAGAGGCAGCAAAGUCUAAGGGUCUGGUGCCAUUCUAUGUCAACGCAACUGCAGGAACCACAGUCUAUGGAGCUUUUGACCCUCUGAACGAAAUUGCAGACAUCUGUAAAAAACAUGGCAUAUGGAUGCAUGUGGAUGCUGCUUGGGGUGGAGGCAUGCUUCUGUCCAACAAACAUCGUGUGAAACUGCAAGGAAUUGAAAGAGCCCAUUCUGUGACCUGGAACCCCCACAAGAUGAUGGGCGUCCCAUUGCAAUGCUCAACCAUUCUGGUGAAGAAAAAGGGCCUCCUGCAGGAAUGUAAUCAGCUGUGUGCCGAGUAUCUCUUCCAACCUGACAAACACUACGAUGUGUCCUACGACACCGGAGACAAAAGCAUUCAGUGUGGACGGCACGUAGACGUCUUCAAACUCUGGCUCAUGUGGAAGGCGAAGGGUUCCGAGGGUUUUGAAGCACAGAUCAACCACUGCUUAGAAAAUGCAGAGUAUCUUUACUACAAGCUAAAAAGAAGAACAGACUUUCAGCUUGUAUUCAAAGGAAAGCCCGAACACAGCAACGUCUGCUUUUGGUAUCUUCCGAAACGACUGCAAAGCAUUCCUCCAGGCCCAGAGCGAGACAGAGAACUUCACAUGGUGGCUCCAAAAAUCAAGACAAAGAUGAUGGAGGAAGGAUUCACGAUGAUUGCCUAUCAACCUCUGGAAGACAAAGUCAAUUUUUUCCGCUGUGUUUUUUCCAACCCAGCCACUCAGAGAGAGGAUGUGGACUUUCUAAUACGAGAAAUCGCUCGUCUGGGCUGUGAACUCUAGAGAUUCUUUCUUAAAAAAAACUACAGGAUUAAUAUUUAUUUAUAGCCUUCAUACCUCUUGCAGUUGUCAUACAGCACUUUUUUUUUUUUUUUUUAACAUCUUUGAACAUUUAUAAUAAUAUUAGCAAUUAUGAAUAAUUCAUUCUUCGUCUAGGUGAAGUGUAUUAUACCUGAUCUCCGUUACAAAUCCUGUAGUUUUGACGAACAUCAACUAAACUUUAUUAUAAAUGAGAUUUGAAAGGCAUAUAUAAUACUAAAAUGAUCAUAUAAAUAAUAAUUUAUUAAAUAAAUAAUAUUGGAGCUACAUGACCAAAGGGAAUAGUUGAUCGUUGCUGGUUUUCAUGAAGCCAGCGUGUUGAUGUAAGAUGAGUCAUUCCCUAUAUACCAUGUCUAUACUGCACCUAAUCAAUGUUACAAAUGUUUUGUGUGUGUGUGUGUGUGAAUUUUGAAGGGAAUUGCUCAGGUUUCUGUCGAAAUGUUCUGCAGUCUGCUAGUGCCUCCUGCUGGUAGGAUCCAAUAAAGCUACUAAAUGAA